AUGGCGGGAGUUAUCGGCUCUGUUGGUUCUUUUGAUGAGCUUGUGGAACAGUGGAGCUCGUACACGGAGCGGUUCGGCUAUUUCGUGGAAGCUAAUGAAAUAGCGGAAGAGAAAGUGGUGCCCACGUUUUUGAGCAUUAUUGGGUCAAAGACUUUCAAUUUACUGAGAAACUUGCUUCAACCCGAUAAACCUGGCAGUAAAACGUACAGUCAAAUCGUGGAAACUCUUAAUGGACAUUUUACACCCAAGCCCCUUGUGAUAGCAGAGAGAUUUCGAUUUCUCAGGAGAAAUCAGGAAGAGGGGGAAUGUGCCUACAGUUCUUCACAACUACUAGUCAUCCUGGACAAGAAUGAAGAGGUUUUCCGUGAGGAAUUGGGCAGCAUGAAGGAAAUUACAGUGAAAUUGCACAUUAAACCAGGAAGCAAACCUGUGUUUAUCAAGGCUAGAACAGUGCCGUAUGCUAUUCAUGACAAAGUCGAGGCCGACCUGGGUCUGAGCGGUGGUCAAAAAUUCAGCAAAAUUGACCUCAACCAAGCUUAUCUGCAGAUGCAUGUGGACAAAGAAUCACGGGAGUGGCUGACAAUUAACAUGCACAAGGGACUUUUCAGAUAUUGCAGAUUACCUUUUGGCAUCACAUCUGCUCCUGCUCUGUUUCAACGGGCUAUGGAUCAAAUUUUGAGUGGAUUGCCAGGAGUACAAUGUUACUUGGAUGACAUUCUCUGCACCGGUGCCAACGACGAGGAGCAUCUUCGCAACCUGGAUGCUGUCUUAAAAAGGCUAAGGCAGUAUGGUCUUCGAGUGUGCAAGGAAAAAUGUGAAUUUUUGAGACCAUCGAUGGAGUAUCUCAGAUGCUCUUCUGAAAUAUUUUCCUUCCACCUCUACAUCCUGGGCCAGUAUCUUCCCACACACAAACUGCCAGUGUAUAAAGAAGUGCACCUUCCAGAACAGCAGUCAUACUAUUUCGUCGCGAACUCCUACUUGGCAAUUCCGCCUUUGCUGUCAAAUACAUUGUUUUGCAUCUUGUUCUCGCGAAGGGAGCCCCCCCACCCCCCUUUUCCUCCGUGGGCCGACCGAGAGGCGGCAAAGGAGGCAGGAAAGCCGUCUCAAGGUGUGGCUGGAGCCGUCAUCAUUGCGUCGGAGUGGAGUUGCCGUAGCAGCCCUGACGGGGCGCAGGAGGAAGGUGGCGGCGAUGGAGAAGGACUUGGUGAUGGGGGAGACCGGGCUUUGGACGGUGACCCUGAGGGAGUUUGGAGUCCAGACAUUGAGCAGAGCUUUCAGGAAGCCCUGGCUAUUUACCCUCCCUGCGGCAGGAGGAAGAUUAUACUUUCAGAUGAGGGCAAGAUGUAUGGUCGAAAUGAGCUGAUAGCUCGCUAUAUUAAGCUACGAACAGGAAAAACACGCACGCGCAAACAGGUGUCUAGUCACAUUCAGGUUCUGGCCCGCAAGAGGGUGCGUGAAUACCAGGCGAGCAUCAAGGUCUCUAGUCACCUGCAAGUCUUGGCCAAACGAAAGUCUCGUGAGAUUCACUCUAAGCUGAAGGCCAUGAACUUGGACCAGGUUUCCAAAGACAAAGCACUACAGACAGUGGCCAACCUUUCAUCAGCUCAGAUUGUGUCUGCGAGUGUGAUGAAAAGCCAAGCUACUUUCCCUCCACCAGUCAGGUUUUGGCCCGGCCAUGUGCCAGGACAGCCUGGACAUUCUCAGGACAUCAAGCCCUUUGCACAACCACCAUACACAACACUAGCAGCUCCUGUUCCUGCUCCCAUCAACUAUGAGCCCCUGCCCCCCCCUCGCCCAGCAGCAAUCGCAGCGCCUGUGUGGCAGGACAGAACCAUUGCCUCAGCAAAACUACGGCUUCUGGAGUACUCUGCUUUUAUGGAGACUCAGAAAGACAGAGAGAUGUAUAAGCAUCUGUUUGUGCAUAUUGGCCCAUCCAACCCCAGCUACAGUGACCCCGUACUGGAGUCGAUAGACGUCAGGCAGAUUUACGACAAGUUCUCUGAGAAGAAAGGAGGCCUAAAGGAGCUUUAUGAGAAAGGGCCCCACAAUGCGUUCUUUCUUGUCAAGUUCUGGGCAGAUCUGAGUAGUGAUGUUGAAGAAGGCUCCAGUGCAUUCUAUGGUGUGAGUAGCCAAUACAGUGGAACGGACAACAUCACAAUCAGUGUGUCAACAAAGGUCUGCUCCUUUGGAAAACAAGUGGUGGAGAAGGUUGAGACGGAGUAUGCUCAUUUGGAGGGUGGGAAGUAUGUGUUCCGCAUCAAUCGUUCCCCUAUGUGUGAAUAUAUGAUCAACUUCAUCCACAAACUUAAACAUCUACCAGAGAAAUAUAUGAUGAACAGCGUGUUGGAGAACUUCACUAUACUACAGGUGGUGUCCAACAGAGAGACUCAGGAGACUCUGUUGUGUAUCGCUUUUGUGUUUGAAGUGUCCACCAGUGAACAUGGAGCACAAUACCACGUUUACCGACUAGUUAACGACUAGUACAUAACGGACAUGUAAAGACUGUCUUGUCUGACGAUUAUCACAUCAGUCAACCUUGUUUUAGCUCACUCAUGCAGACUGACACACACAUAAACAGUGUAUGCCUCACCAUUACUGCAAAGUGCCGUCAAGGCCGCAUCCCGCUGUUUUAAACACUAAAGUCAAAACAAUAUGUAAGAAACCCUUUAAUGAUUAGUUGUCUUUGUUAUACAGUUUGACUACUUUUCAGUGUCUUUAAUAAGAACUUGCCUAAGAAUGGCAUGCAUAAAAGAAAACUGAUCAAAAUGUGUUUUAAGGUGGACAUUUGUGAGUGUGGCAAUGCUUUAGAAGGCAGCCCCUUCAUUCAAAGCAUGUAAAAUACGUCAUUGACAUAACCAAUAAGAGUGAAUGAUUAAUUUGAGCUUACCACAGAUGUAGUCUGCCAACCCCUGUUCAAAAGCCAGGUUUUUGUCAUACGAAAAACUGUAAUUUAUAAAUAAAUAAUUGUAAAAUGGAUGUACGAUUAGGCCAAAAUGUCACGAGUAGCCUACUAAAACGUCUAAUCAGAGGCAUUUUUAGUGGUGGCAGGUGUGCAGACUCCCACUUAAAAUUUUAAUGUGAAUUCUGAACAGUUUUUAGAGGGUGCAAUUGCUGUGUCUUUUCAUUUUCAAAAACUGCAUUGUACUCAUAAAUCGAGGUGGGAACCUCUGGAUACAGUACAAUUUGUGAUGUAAGGCACGCGAUAAUGAUUAUCUCACAAUAUGGCAAAAUAGUAUUGGUCAAUACAUGGUUCAGGAAAUCAGUCUAUGAUAUUAUACGAUACUAUUACAAAAACCAAGCUAUUUCAAAAUGGGCGAAAAAAGUUUAUUUUUUGCACUGUCCUGGACAAUCUGUCAGACCGUCGUGUUCCUUACAGACUAUGAGAAUAUUUCAGUGCAACAUUUCUGUAAAUAAAUAUACCAAUGCAAUGAGUUAAUAUAGACACUAUCUAGUUGAGGCUAUUGGAAAAUUUUUGCUAGCAACCUGUUAGUUCCUUUAUUAAACAGUGACGUCAUUUUAAAACGAUAUCUCGAUUCUUGGCGGAAGCGUAUCGAUAACCUUUUGGCAUACAAAGUAUUGCGGUAUAUCACCAUAUAGAUAUAUUGUCACACUCCUAUUCUCAAAUAAGUUGUAUAGGUUGCAACUUUUUGGUCACAUUAAUGACAGGGGAAAUAAUUAACUGCUGUCUUGGUCUCAUUUUGUUCACAAAAACAUGGCAUUUGGACAGGACUGUGUAGACGUUGGAAGCCAUUUUAGUAAGAUUCCCAGCCCCCUCACCCCGCCCUUUAUUCUAUUACUGUAAUCAUAACUACUACAAUAACACUUUUCAGAUGUUGUUUUAUGACACCAUAUCCUGAAUCUGUCAAAUUUAGAGAAGUUAGAAUCGUGACACGUAAAAAGAUGGGAAUUCAUAUCUUGAAUUAAACUGUGAGAUAAGUUGGCCCCUUUAGAUUGGCUUGGAGUAAGAAAAGAUCAAACCUUAAAUGCAAGACUGCUUUAGCCAACAAACUAAUUCACACGAAGGUGUCGGCGUUCUGAAAGAAAGACUGUUUCUUUUGCCUUUGCUACAUUAUUUCUACCUCCGUGUGAGUUGGGAUUCAAUUGUGCUUUCAUAAAGCCCUGACCUGAGGAGCACUGAAAUAUAGGAUGUGUACACUACAUUUUUAAUGGUACUUUUAAAGGCCAAAAUGACUUCAAUAUUAAUGGCCGCCUUUUUUUGUACAUGCAAAUAAUAUUUUUACCAACACAUCUAGGCUUAAUACUCUUAAAAGGAUUAUAUUUGUUUUUUAAUUGUUUGCUUUUGUUUUAUUGUAUGUUAACAUAAUACAGGUACAGUCCAUGCUACAGUCAUCAACAGUGCACUGGGGUAAAGUCCUGUGAACUGACUUUUUUUUUUUUUUUUUUAGUAUUUCUCCUUGGAAUUUCUGACUUUCCCAUUAUUUAGCAACACAUGUUGUUUGACUACAUACCCUUAUUUACUAGCAGGAUUAUCAAUUAUGUGAACAAUGAUGUGUUGUGAUGUGUUUUUUUGUUUGAAUCAACUCGUUCAUAACCACAGUCACUGUGUGGAGCCGUGUGCUGCCAUUUUUGUCAUUUUCUCUUUCACAUUUAUACAUUGAAUACCUGCUUUUUAGGCUAUGGAAAUAAAAUCUUUCAUAGUGUUUACAGGAGCAACAAAGUACAGUACUAGUCUAAUUCUUUCAUAACCUUUGCUUACAAAUGUCCAAACUGAGAAAGAAGUAUGUCUUUUAAUAGUAUAUUUGAAAUCAAUUGUGCAAAUGAGGGGAUUUUAUUCUAAAACAGCAAAGACACUUUUAAUCGCUUGUGCUGGAUGUACUGUACAGAGCAAUAUAUAGCUACUAGGUGGCGCUAUUGCCUCACGUUUACUGAAAGGUCAUUACAGCAAUUCUAUCAACGCAAUUGAUGAAGUAGAUAAGGCUGUGUGUCAGCUGCUUUCUGAGAUAAAUUUGCAUAGUGAAUUUUUGGUGAUCAAUGACUUUGCGCCGAAUAACUUAUUUUUAUGUCAUACACUGGCGUUGCUGCGGUUAUUAAAACAUGUGUCCGUUUUAUACUGUGAGAUUUCCUUAAUUCAACUCGGUGGUGUUGGGCUUUGUAAAAAUGCACUGAAUUUCAAAACUGAAAUGAUAAAUCCCUAUUAGAGGUCGACCGAUUUGGGUUUUUCAGGACUUAUACCGCUUAUUUGUAGUUAGAGGGGCCGACAACCAAUUUUUGGAGCGAAUAUUCAUUUGCUGAAUAGUGUAAAAAAUUGGCAUAAAAACAUUGAAUAAUGCAAACACUGAACUUCAUUGAAAUGCCUAAAGCAUGUUUAUUUGAUCAGAAAAUUGAAAAUAAUAGCUCCAGAAGUGCCUGAUUUUCCUUGACUUGAAAUAUCUCUUAAAAGGUUGAAUAACAGCUUAAAUAAAUAGAUUUCUGAAAAUUUUCCACAGAAAAUUCAAAACAACAAAAAUACAGAGAGUUCUCGGCCUGAGCAGUAUCUCUUGUAAAGUUAAAUAAAAUCUUAGAUAGUAGCUCCCUGGUUUCAUCCCCAAUAAAUAAAAUAAAAUGUCAAUAUAACUGAAUUUAACUUUAAUCCAGUUUUAAAUAGAUUUUUUCAUAUCGGCCUGUUGGAUUUAAAAAAACAAAAUUAAAAAAAAAACAGCCCAUACAGAUAGUAUACUACAUAGGCGGAGUUUGAUUUUGACAUGUUGAUGACCCCAAACAGUGUAAGCAGUCAAAUUAACUUACAAGAUUUAUGCUCGGAUAGUAGCUUAGCCCAUGCUCGUACAUACAGGAAACCCAACUGUGUGUGCAUGCAUGUGUGAGCAUGCGCAUUUUCUAGUGGGGAAGUAGAUGCCGCAUCCUUUUUAACUAAAUAUUCCAGCCAUGAAUAUUCAUAAUAAUACGUUGAAAAUUAGCUUUUUUUUCCCCCAUAAUUUUUAAGGGGAAUUCUCAAUCAGGCUGCUUAGGAAAGCUAUGCUUGGCCAAUAUUGUCGUCCAUUCACUAUGGUACACUCGGUGGUGGCUCUGUUGUACAAUUAACGUCUUUAGUGGGGCACACUGAAACUCUGCUCACCAUUUUGGCGGUGCUCUCUGGCAUUUCCUGGUCCACAUCUUCAAUCCUCGGUUCUCGCUCAGUCAUUGCUAUCGCUUUUGAAAGCUGUGGUUUGAAAAAAUUAUGAAUAUCCAUCUUGCAUCUUUUGUCCUCAGGUGGUUUUCACUAAGCAAAGCAAAUGUCCAUCUAAGGUGCUAGUCAGUUCUAGUGUGCGAAAAGUAAUUUUAACCUAUUAUAAAAAAUAUUGUUUUUGUUAAUUUCAUCCAUUUUUGUUGCUUGUUUUAUUGCUUUUCAAGUUUUAUAGACAACAAUUUUUUGUUAAUUUCAUCCAUUUUUGUUGCUUGUUUUAUUGCUUUUCAAGUUUUAUAGACAACAUUUUACCGGCAAUGUCUUGAUUUUAAAUUCCUAUAUAGGAAAGUCAAUUACAUGCAAUGACAUUUUCGGCCAGCGGUGGGGGGGU